AUGGAAGCUCUUCAGUCCUUCAAUAUGGGCACGAAGGUGGAUUGGUGCUUUAGGGAGGAUGAUGCAGAGCAACUAGAGGAAGUGACAUUUAGGAGAUUGUUCUGGGCUUUUAAGCCCUGCAUUGAUGGCUUCGAGUAUUGCAGAUCCGUCAUACUGAUAGACGGGACUCAUUUGUAUGGACCAUAUCCGGGUGUUCUUCUGAGUGCAACAGCUAUAGAUGGGUUUAGUCACAUUCUACCAUUGGUGUUUGCUAUAGUGGAGUCGGAGAACAACUCUAGCUGGGAUUGGUUCAUGGAUAGGUUGAGGAGCUUGGUGGUUGGUCGGAGGCACGAGAUAUGUGUCAUUUCUGAUAAACAUUUAGGGAUCAUGGCAGCUAUGCAGAAGGAUGGAUGGUGUGAGCCACUUAAUCAUCAUCGGUACUGUGUGAGACAUUUUGCCACAAACUUUGCCACCAAAUUCAACAAAGCUGGAUUGAAGGAUAGAUUGGUUGAGUUGGCAUAUCAGGUCCAGCCUAAGAAAUUUGAACUACUAUGGGGGGAGUUUUUGGCACUAGAGCCCUGA